AUGGCUUCAGUCAACCAAUCAGCUCAGACCCUCAAGGCUCUUCACAAGCCUGGCUCGCCUCUCGUGCUCUCCAACAUCUGGGACCUCUCAUCUCUCAAUGCCAUUGUCUCUCUAAACUCAGGAGCCUCCAAGCCCGUCAAGGCAUUGGCAACAGCAUCAUGGGCCAUUGCUGCCAGUCUUGGCAUUCAAGAUGAAGAACUCACCAUGGUGCAAAACCUCGAAGCCAUCUCUCGAAUUGCCCCCCUCGCAGAACAGGCGGGCCUUCCUCUUUCCGUCGAUCUCCAGGACGGGUACGGGGAUCUUAUCACAGCUGUCGUCACCGCUGCCGUAGAAUACGGCGCUGCUGGAGCCAACCUUGAAGAUAGCAUCCCUUCCGCUGGUUUCGGUAAGGGCAUCUCCGGCUCCCUCUACAAGCUUGAGGACCAAGUUGCCCGGCUCAAGCGUGCUUUCGAUGCCGCCAAAGACGCCGGUGCCCCCGAUUUUGUCAUCAACGCUCGAUCUGAUAUUUUCCGUCUGGAAUCUCCUGAUCUGAGCCUCGAAGCUCGGGUAGCUGAGGCUGUCAAGCGUGGCAAGGCAUAUCUUGCAGCUGGUGCCACAUCAGUUUUCUUCUUCGGUGGUCCCAAUGGCUUGUCCAGCGAGACCAUCAAGACACUUGUCAAGGAGUUAGAUGGCAAGGUUGCCGUUAUGUUGUCUGGACAGCCUGGCUCUCUCACCACAGCUGAUCUGGCCAGCAUUGGUGUUGCGAGAAUCAGUGUUGGACCCAGCCUAUACAUCGCUGCGAUGAACGCGGCCAAGGAAAAGGCACUGCAAAUGUUUUCUGGUGGCGGCUUGGCAUAA